AUGGUCCUCCAGGCCCCGCGGGACAGGAACGGGAGUGUGCUGGUGGUCGGCGCGCCUGAGGGCGGCGCAAGGAUGGUUUUCCCCAAGCCAUCCUGGGCGCAGCAGAAGUGCGUCUACGAGUCAAGCUCGCUGACACUAAGCGGCCAGGAGUGCUCUGGACGAGGCAGCUGCUUGCUAGACGGCAGGUGCCAGUGCAGCAGCGGCCGGGGCAGCUAUUGUGAGGAGCAGGCGUCGUCGUUGCAUGAGUCGUCGUUUGAGAGCUUCUGGGUCGAGAAUGCCCAGCUGAUCCUCAUGCUCUCUGCCGCGUUCCUCAUUGUGGGAUGCGCGGCGCUGGCGAUGGGAAUCCUGGUGCCGUUCCGCCGCCGCCGCCGCCGCAGGGCCAAGAAGGCCGCGAGGCAGUUGCUCGACGAAGCCCUCGCACACGAGCACUGGGAGGAUGUGUGCAAGAGGUGCUUCAGCAAGGGUCGGAGCAUGAUCGCGAGUUCGCUGUCCACCUCGGAGAUCGAGGAGCACAUGAGGCUCAAAAGCGAGCGGUGGGGCAUCUCUGUUGCGUACCUGCUCUCGGAGGAAUUCACCGGCCUGGCCCGCCGGCGCAGCGGCGAGGACGACCCGACGUUCUACCAGCUGCGGGACGUGUUCUUCCUGGGCGCGGACCCGAUCGGGGAGCGGGAGCGGUGCCCACGGGACGGCUACGACGGCUGCGCAUUCGUGGACUCCCGGGUCUUGCCCGCGAAGCACCGGGGCAAGUGCACGCACUUCCUGUCUUGGACGUGGGCCUACCGCCUGAGCGUGGUUCAGGACGCGCUGCGCUCCUGGAUCGAGGAGUUGGAGCACGACGGCCUCGCGGAGGAGGAGAGCGCGGAGACCGUGUACCUGUACAUGUGCUUCUUCGUGAACAACCAGUAUCGGAUCCUGGACCAGAGCAAGAAGAGGGAUAAGGCGAAGACCGGCAGCGACAACCUUGCGAGCGUCUUCGAGGAAAAUUUGAGGAGCAUCGGCCGCGUCUUGGCGCUCUUCGACGUCUGGAACGGGCCCACGUACCUAACCCGCAUCUGGACGAUCUUCGAGCAGGCUAUGGCCAUCAAAUUGUCGAUCGAGCCGCAGAUCAUCAUGCCCAAGGCGGAAAUCCGGACCUUGAUGGGGCAGCUCGCGCACGGCAAUGAGGGGAUCAGCCGCGUCAAGACCGCGCUCUUCAAGGUGAACACGGAGAGGGCCGAGGCAUCGGUCCAGAAGGACAAGGAGAACGUGCAGCACAUGAUAUUGGAUACCUUCGGCAGUUUCACCUACGUGGACUCGCAGAUCAAGAAGCUCAUGGUCCGCUGGCUGGGACGCGCGACGGAAUCCAUCUUCCACGACCUGAUGAGGCAGGACAGCCAACGCUCCCUCCCCGUGGACCCAGACGGGCCCUCGGAAGGGCCGCAGCCCGGAAUUUCCAUCUUGAGGGCGCGCCCUCGGGCGCUCUUCAAGUCCUUGUCCACUCGCUCCAUGCGCUACUGGGGUAAGGUCGCCGCUGUGGGCCCUUAUAGCCCCUCUGGCUCCCCCCGCGCGCUCGAUCCCGACCCUUGGCAAGUCCCCAACGCCUCCAAGCUACCGGGGGUGCCUUCUCGCGAAGAGCUGCACCGCGAUGGCGACGCGCUUCCAGCUCUUCUUUCGUGA